AUAACACUAGUACAAAUAAUUUGUUUAGUGCGUUCACGGUAAAGUAACACGUCAUAAGAAAGUGCAUUAAUAAAAUUGUUAAUUGUUAAGGUCACAGGUAGUUGAGCGGCGUAGUUGACCGCGGCGCGCGCGCAGACCACUCGUGUACUAGAAGCGAAAUCGCUUUUUCCUUAAAUUCGUAUCGAAAAUCGAAAUAGAGGAAUUCGCUUAGUUGUACCGAAUAUAUUGACGCGCCUUGAAAACUGUUGUAACAAUUUCAUCUCGAUGUGUUUUUAAACUAAAACAAAUACGUUAUUUCAUCUAAAAGAUGUUUUUGUUAAUAAUUCCGGAUCAAGUAGACAUGUCUCUAUCGAUACAAUAGUAUCAGAAGGCGUGUUAACUAAAGUGCAAAGCGCUUGUUUUACGACGAGAUGAAUUACAACUUAUCAUGGAUUUUAUUCUUGAUGCUACAAUUCACAAUCGUGAUACUGCACCCUGUUCACAAUCAACGAGGUGCAGAUAUCGACCACAUUGGAAAGAUUUCGCCUGCCGAAGAUACUAUACCAAAACAAGAAGGCGCUUUCCAUCAUCAAAACGAACGAGUCAUAUCUGUCAGAAUAACAUCAUCGGUUGCUGUAGGACGAACGAAAGAUAAAACACAGACAAAUCUAAAAAACAAUGGCAAGUCUGUGACUCAUGAAAGCAAUGUUACACCGACUUCAGAACCCAUAGAUAUAAGCGAAUAUUCUAAAAACAAAAUGACUGAUAUACCUCCAGAUUUAGCAGGUGCUAAUAUAGAAUUCAUUAAACAACUUAAUGCAAAAAAAGAAGCAAAAGAACACAACUUAGAAAACAUACAUCCGUUUAAAUUAGUAAUUAAUAAUCAACGUUAUAACACAGAUGACGAAAUUCUCGAAGAAUCUACUUCUUUAUAUGAUGACAUUGACGAAGUAGAAAAUUUAGAAAAUGUUCCCCUUGAACGAAAGAUACCAUCGUCUGUCAAUGCUAAUCACGUAAGUGAAAAGUCUGAACCUCCUCAACCGCAGGACUCAAAUGAAUCAUACGUGAUAAAACAUGACGAAAAAAUUGAAAAAAAUUAUAGAAUUAAUAAUGAUACCAUAAAAGACAUACAAAACGGAAAAAGAAAGUUAGAUAUCAGCAAUAUAAGUAAAGAUAGGCAAAGUGAUAGUCGUGUCCCCGCUGACGAAGAAUCUGAAAACUUUAAAAUAGACGAUGAACUCUAUAUUGGUGAUAAUUACGAAGACAAUAAUUCUAACCAAACGUUUGACUCUACAGCAGAAUCAUCUCUUAAAUCUGUAAUAGAAGUAACGACAAAAUUAAUUGAUGAUGCAGAUGCAGAACCACAAGUUGAACAAGUAGUAUCAUCUAAUCAAAACUACUUACAAGAAUUUAGAAAUAAACCUUUAAAUGGAAGAGGGAAUAUUCCCAGACUAACAACGGUUAGUUUUAAUAUAGUUCAUGAUAAUGUCAAGGGGGCGGAAAAUUAUGAUGAACAAACAACAUAUAGAAAUCCAACACACUCCCUCGCUCAGCCUGUGCAAAAUUAUGAACAACAAAUUUACAGUGAACCUGCGCGUAUAUAUAGUGAACCUGCAAAGUUUUAUAGUGAACCUGCUAAAAUAUAUAGCGAACCUGCUAAAAUAUAUAGUGAACCUGCUAAAAUAUAUAGUGAGCCUGCAAAAAUUUAUAGCGAACCCGCCAAAUUCUAUAGUGAACCCGCUUCCCUGCAUCUGAGUCCAAGCGCUACCCCAAAUUUUACACCGUGGCAACAUUAUUCACAGUCUGCAGGUACCACAACCAUUAACACUACACCCGUUACGAUGAUUACAAAUCCAUCCAUGUCACGAAGUAUGCCAAAAGUGGAUCUUGAACCGGAAAAAAAUUACGAAGUGGACGAGAAACUCAGCAUCGUAACUAAUGGACGUAGUCAUGGUGUCCAAGAGUCAACUACGGAGAAGUGCAAACAAGACAAUUGCAAAGUGGGAUACGUAGUGGAAGGUCGGCAAUAUAAAAAAUACAGAGUGGAAGAAAGGACGUCAGACGGAUUUAUAGUUGGGGAAUACGGUGUUGUGAGGAAUGAAGACGGAGCUCUCCGGGGUGUCAGAUAUACAGCCGAUAGCGACGCUAGUCCUCGUCUCAUAUACGAUGCGCUUAUGAAGUUCCUACAGCUCAGAUAAAUGUAAAACUAGUACUAAAUAUUUUUUAAAGUUCCAGUGGGUUGCCAUCGUCGGUUUUAUGCUAAGUAUAAAAAAUGGUCUAAUUUUAUUUGCUCAUUUAUUUAGCUCUAGGAAAACGGUGUAGUAAGAACAACAAAGUGUGUUUCAACAGCUCGUUAUUUAUUAUUAAGACUGAUUGAUUACAACGGUACAAUGUCAUGACGUACCACAUAAUACCGACUACAUAAUAUUGAUUGUUUUUAGGGUAUGUUCAUAUUGCGUCACAGAUAAGAUUCAUAGAAUUAGGAUUACAAGCAUGUUGCUACUAUUCCGAUUGAUUAUUAAAAUGUAAUUUAAAUUUGUGUUACUUCUCUUUAUAGAAUUUUCCGCAUUAAUCUCGUAACUAAAAUCUCGACAUCGUUAUAAUAUUUAAUAAUUCAUGGGCGUAGGCUGUUUCAACUCAGGGGUAAGGGCUAAACGGAAACUUCGUAUGCUAUAUAGUCCCAAUAACUCAAUAAAUGUAUGGAGGCAUUUGUGUUGAAUCCAGGAGAGAGGGCAUGUGCCCAUCCCUGCUCCUAUCAGCCUACGCCUAUGCAAAGGGUUCUUUCGAUAGCACAAAAACCUAAAAUGAAUACUUACUUAGCUGCUUUUAUUAUAAUUAGUAGGUACUCAUGAUCAUUUAUAAUAUAAGCAUGUCCUUUAGAUAUCCCGACUCCUUUUAUACGUUUAAUAUUAUGAAUCCAUUUAAUAUUGUUUUAUUUCAUUGAUAUUCAAAAAUAAAUAAAGAAACAAAGGAAUUCGAAUGACAUAAAUUGCAACAGUACCUAAGCAAUUAAGUAUCUGGGUACCUACUAGGUACUUAUAGAGGAUAGAGGCAAGGAGCACCAUCUUUUAUGGGGGAAAGUUGAACAGUCCAGCGGUAAGCAACAAUUAACAACUUACAAACCCACCACAAUAGAGCUAGUGUAGCAAGAGGAUAUACUUAACAUGAAGUUAGUUAGUUGUGAACGGAGUAAAGUGCUAAGUUGGACAAUUUAAUUACUCUAUUGACUAGUCAACUAAUGAAACCUCAGUAUAUAAAAUCACAACUAUUGACGUAGUCCAAAAUAAUUUGGUAAAUUUAAUCUUUAAAAGCUACUGUGACAUUAAUUCAUGAUCCUACUUUAUUCAAUUUUAGCGCUAUCUUUAAAAUUGUACCAUUUGCUACCGUGGCGUCACCAAUUUCACACUUUUCGACGGACACCUUUUCAUACACAGAGAAGGUGCUUCUUGCCUCUACCCUCCAAAUUACUGCUAGAUAUUGUUAAUUUUUGGCGUAGCACAGCAACAUAGUGCUUGUAGCCAAAUAUAAAAAAAAACUGUUAAUAUGUUAAGCACUUUAAAAACGAUGCACUCUUUGUUGUAAAAUAUAUGAAUUUACUCAUUUUUUUAUAUACUCUUAAUUAUUUAAGUAAACGUCGAGAUGGGUAGCGAAAUGCCUGACCAAUUUGAAACAACGCUCUUCAAGUUUCGGAAUUACCUACAUGCCUAAACCAAGUACUACCCAGUAAUGUCACUUGUUACAAUGGGACGGUUUAUUGUAUGUCUGUUACGAGGUUUAUGCAGAAAAAAUACCUAUUUAAAUUAUGCUGGUGCUGCAAGGCGCAAGAUACAAAAUUUUAUUUAAUAUGGAUUAUGAUUGUAUAGGUACUGCAUAAUUCAAAUUUCAAUAGAACUAUGUAGACAAUAUUCUCAUAUACUAAUAGAUAGAUAAGUAGAUUUAUGCAUUAUGUUUAAAAUGAAGCGGUGUAACUGCGGUGCCAUUUUCAUUAAUAUUAGUUGAAAUUUUAGUUAAUAAAUCACUCGCUAAUAAUUAACUUUAUUAAAUAGGUAGGUAGUCCACUUAUAUAAUAAAAUUGUGAUCAAUAAUAUUUCUUUCUUUUUUUCAAUCACUUACUUAGUGUCGACACAAUUCAUGUCACAACAAUCCUAGGUAUUCACAAUUCAGUCCGAACUUCGAACUGAAAUAAGUAAAUAGGUAUCUAGGUAAGUAUAUCUAUAGGUCUGGGAUUUAUAUUAUACAUUCAAAAAUGUGUAUUAGAUUACCAUGUCGACGUGAAUUUAACCAUUAAAAAUAUCAAUCAAAUGGUACGAUGCCAUGAAAAUCUGAUUAUGACCUACUGUAAGCGUUCCUGACAUGUUUGUGAUAUUUAAAAAAAAAA